UCUUAUAAAGCAAACAUUAUUUCAUUUAUAUGAAACUCGUUUUGAAGUAUCAUCCUGAUAAGAAUCAAGGAAACGAUGAAGCUACUCGCAAGUUCGCUGAGAUCAAUAAGGUUCCGAAUCAAAGCACCACAUGCCCGUUUCGGAGAGAUGGCAACGAUUUACACAUGACCAUCAACAUUACACUGGUUGAGGCGCUAGUUGGUUUUGAGAAAUCAUUUAAACACUUGGAUGAUCACGGAGUUGACAUCGGUUCCAAGGGAAUUACAAAUCCCAAGGAAGUGAAGAAGUUCAAAGGAGAAGGGAUGCCACUCCACUACAGCACAAAGAAAGGCAACCUUGUCACUUUUGAGGUUAUGUUUCCUUCGUCUCUCACUGAGGAUCAGAAAAAGAAGAUCAAAGAAGUCUUGGCUUAGUACUCCUCUCUUUAGAAAUUUGUUGUUUAAAUAUAACUUGUAAUGAUUUUGAUCAUUGUCUUUUUAUGUAUUAAAUUCUUUCAUGAUUUCACUAAAAUAUGAUUUAUUUACACGAGGUUUUCUUUGCA